AUGGCGAAAAAUGCCGAGUUCCCUUGGCAUAUUGGUGUUUAUGAUGCACAUUGCCAUCCAACAGAUACCAUGGAUUCUAUCACAUCGAUGCCCUUAAUGAAAGCAAGGGUUCUAACAGUAAUGGCUACUAGAGCACAAGACCAAGCGCUUGUUGCUCAAGUUGCUGAUAGUUAUGGUUUGAAAAAGCUGCAAGCAAAAGACCAUCCAAAUACAGAGUGCAUGGUUCCUUGUUUCGGAUGGCAUCCUUGGUUCUCGUAUCAAAUAUUCGAUGAUACCAAGGAGUCAUUUGAUAACACUCUAUUCAAUACUGAAGCUUUCAGAAUCGAGCACUAUGGAAAGGUUCUGACGCCCAGCCCCGUCGACAAACAGUUUCUGGUGUCAUUACCAUCUCCUCGCCCCCUUACUCAAUUUCUGCGUCAAACCAAGGAGUACCUUCUACAGUAUCCGCUUGCACUUGUAGGAGAAAUUGGACUAGACAAGCAAUUUCGUUUACCAAGCGAGUGGUCCGGAGAUGUUGAGAACUCUAAAAAUACAGGCCUCACACCAGGUGGAAGAGAAGGGAGACGUCUUACGCCGUAUCGAGUUCAAAUGAGCCACCAAAAGGUGAUACUCAAGGCUCAAUUGAACCUUGCAGGUGAAAUGCAGAGAUCAGUAUCCGUUCACGGAGUGCAAGCGCACGGCGUCCUGUUUGACACUUUACAAGAGACUUGGAAGGGUCAUGAACGGCAAGUCCUCAGCAAACGAGAGGAGAAAAGAAUUGCCGGAGUAGCGCCUGCCUUGGAUGAUACAGAUGAUGAAGAAGAUAUAUCGAAAAACGACACAGGAAAACCAUUCCCUCCGCGUAUCUGUCUCCAUUCAUAUUCUGGACCACCGGAUACUCUCAAGCAAUAUUUCCAUGCUUCAGUCCCAGCUGAAAUAUUCUUUUCAUUCUCAGCAGCCAUAAAUAUGUCCUCACCAGCUAGUGCUAAAGCAAUUGAAGUCAUUAAAGCUGUGUCUGAUGAUCGUGUUCUUGUUGAAAGUGAUCUCCAUAUUGCUGGCGAAAAAAUGGAUAAUCUGUUGGAGGAUAUGUGUCGGAAGAUCUGCGAGAUCAAAGGUUGGGACCUCGAAGAGGGUGUGACCAGAUUAGCGGAGAAUUGGAAGCGUUUUGUGUCUGUUUGA